AUGAGCAGGUCUCGCGCCUCCAUCCAUCGGGGGAGCAUCCCCGCGAUGUCCUAUGCCCCCUUCAGAGAUGUACGGGGACCCCCUAUGCACCGAACCCAAUACGUUCAUUCCCCAUAUGAUCGUCCUGGUUGGAACCCUCGGUUCUGCAUCAUCUCGGGGAACCAGCUGCUCAUGCUGGAUGAGGACGAGAUACACCCACUUCUGAUCCGGGACCGGAGGAGCGAGUCCAGUCGCAACAAACUGCUGAGACGCACAGUCUCCGUGCCGGUGGAGGGGCGGCCCCACGGCGAGCAUGAAUACCACUUGGGUCGCUCGAGGAGGAAGAGUGUCCCAGGGGGGAAGCAGUACAGCAUGGAGGCCGCCCCCGCUGCACCCUUCCGGCCCUCGCAAGGCUUCCUGAGCCGGAGGCUAAAAAGCUCCAUCAAACGCACGAAGUCACAACCUAAACUUGACCGGACCAGCAGCUUUCGCCAGAUCCUGCCUCGCUUCCGAAGUGCUGACCAUGACCGGGCCCGGCUGAUGCAAAGCUUUAAGGAGUCACAUUCCCACGAGUCCUUACUGAGCCCUAGCAGUGCGGCUGAGGCCUUGGAGCUCAACUUGGAUGAAGAUUCCAUUAUCAAGCCAGUGCAUAGCUCCAUUCUGGGCCAGGAGUUCUGUUUUGAGGUAACAACGUCAUCAGGAACAAAAUGUUUUGCUUGUCGGUCUGCAGCCGAAAGGGACAAAUGGAUCGAGAAUCUACAGCGGGCAGUGAAACCCAACAAGGACAACAGCCGCCGGGUAGACAAUGUGCUGAAGCUGUGGAUCAUAGAGGCCCGGGAGCUGCCUCCCAAGAAACGGUACUACUGUGAGCUCUGCCUAGACGACAUGCUGUAUGCACGCACCACCUCCAAACCCCGCUCAGCCUCGGGGGACACAGUCUUCUGGGGCGAGCACUUCGAGUUUAACAACCUGCCUGCUGUCCGUGCCCUGCGGCUGCAUCUGUACCGUGACUCAGACAAAAAGCGCAAGAAGGACAAGGCUGGCUAUGUUGGCCUGGUGACUGUGCCGGUGGCCACCCUGGCUGGGCGCCACUUCACAGAGCAGUGGUACCCUGUAACCCUGCCGACAGGCAGUGGGGGCUCUGGGGGCAUGGGCUCAGGAGGGGGAGGGGGUUCGGGGGGUGGCUCAGGGGGCAAGGGCAAAGGAGGUUGCCCGGCUGUGCGGCUGAAAGCACGUUACCAGACAAUGAGCAUCCUGCCCAUGGAGCUGUAUAAAGAGUUUGCAGAGUAUGUCACCAACCAUUAUCGGAUGCUGUGUGCAGUAUUGGAGCCCGCCCUGAAUGUCAAGGGCAAAGAGGAGGUUGCCAGUGCACUGGUUCACAUCCUGCAGAGUACGGGCAAGGCCAAGGACUUCCUUUCAGACAUGGCCAUGUCUGAGGUAGAUCGGUUCAUGGAACGGGAGCACCUCAUAUUCCGCGAGAACACACUCGCCACUAAAGCCAUAGAAGAGUAUAUGAGACUGAUUGGUCAGAAAUACCUCAAGGAUGCCAUUGGGGAGUUCAUCCGUGCUCUGUAUGAGUCAGAGGAGAACUGUGAGGUAGACCCCAUCAAGUGCACGGCGUCCAGUCUGGCAGAACACCAGGCUAAUCUGCGAAUGUGCUGUGAGUUGGCCCUGUGCAAGGUGGUCAACUCCCAUUGCGUGUUCCCGAGGGAGCUGAAGGAGGUGUUUGCAUCGUGGAGGCUGCGUUGCGCAGAGCGGGGCCGGGAGGACAUCGCUGACAGGCUGAUCAGCGCCUCGCUCUUCCUGCGCUUCCUCUGCCCAGCCAUUAUGUCGCCCAGUCUCUUUGGGCUCAUGCAGGAAUACCCAGAUGAGCAGACCUCACGAACCCUCACCCUCAUCGCCAAGGUCAUCCAGAACCUGGCCAACUUUUCCAAGUUUACCUCAAAGGAGGACUUUCUGGGAUUCAUGAAUGAGUUUCUGGAGCUGGAGUGGGGUUCCAUGCAGCAGUUCCUGUACGAGAUCUCCAACCUGGACACGCUGACCAAUAGCAGUAGCUUUGAGGGUUACAUCGACUUGGGCCGAGAACUCUCCACACUGCAUGCCCUGCUCUGGGAGGUGCUGCCCCAGCUCAGCAAGGAAGCCCUCUUGAAGCUGGGCCCGCUGCCCCGGCUCCUCAACGACAUCAGCACAGCUCUGAGGAACCCCAACAUCCAAAGGCAGCCGAGCCGCCAGAGUGAGCGGCCCCGGCCUCAGCCCGUGGUGCUGCGGGGGCCAUCAGCCGAGAUGCAGGGCUACAUGAUGCGGGACCUCAACAGCUCCAUCGACCUUCAGUCCUUCAUGGCUCGAGGCCUCAACAGCUCUAUGGACAUGGCUCGCCUCCCCUCCCCAACCAAGGAAAAGCCUCCCCCACCACCACCUGGUGGGGGUAAAGACCUGUUCUAUGUCAGCCGUCCACCCCUGGCCCGUUCCUCACCAGCAUACUGCACGAGCAGCUCAGACAUCACAGAGCCGGAGCAGAAAAUGCUGAGUGUCAACAAAAGUGUGUCCAUGCUGGACCUGCAGGGUGAUGGGCCUGGUGGCCGCCUCAACAGCAGCAGUGUUUCCAACCUGGCGGCCGUUGGAGACCUGCUGCACUCAAGCCAGGCCUCACUGACGGCAGCCCUGGGGCUUCGGCCUGCGCCUCCUGGACGCCUCUCCCAGGGGAGUGGUUCGUCCAUCACAGCGGCUGGCAUGCGCCUCAGCCAGAUGGGUGUCACCACAGACAGUGUCCCUGCCCAGCAACUGCGCAUCCCCCUUUCCUUCCAGAACCCUCUCUUCCACAUGGCUGCUGAUGGGCCAGGCCCUCCAGGGGGUCAUGGAGGGGGUGGUGGUCAUGGCCCACCCUCCUCCCAUCACCAUCACCACCACCAUCACCACCACCGAGGUGGAGAGCCCCCUGGGGACACCUUUGCACCAUUCCAUGGCUAUAGCAAGAGUGAAGACCUCUCCUCAGCGGUCCCCAAGCCCCCCGCUGCCUCUAUCCUUCACAGCCACAGCUACAGCGAUGAGUUUGGACCCUCUGGCACUGACUUCACCCGUCGGCAGCUCUCACUCCAGGACAACCUGCAGCACAUGCUGUCCCCUCCCCAGAUCACCAUUGGUCCCCAGAGGCCAGCCCCCUCAGGGCCCGGAGGUGGGAGUGGUGGGGGCAGCAGCGGGGGUGGUGGGGGCCAGCCACCUCCAUUGCAGAGGGGCAAGUCUCAGCAGUUGACAGUCAGCGCUGCCCAGAAACCACGGCCAUCCAGCGGGAAUCUAUUGCAGUCCCCGGAGCCAAGUUAUGGCCCUGCCCGUCCACGGCAACAGAGCCUCAGCAAGGAGGGCAGCAUUGGGGGCAGCGGGGGCAGCGGUGGUGGAGGGGGUGGGGGGCUCAAGCCCUCCAUCACCAAGCAGCAUUCUCAGACGCCAUCCACGCUGAACCCCACAAUGCCAGCCUCUGAGCGGACAGUGGCCUGGGUCUCCAAUAUGCCUCACCUGUCGGCUGACAUUGAGAGUGCCCACAUUGAGCGGGAAGAGUACAAGCUCAAGGAGUACUCGAAAUCGAUGGAUGAGAGCCGGCUAGAUAGGGUGAAGGAGUAUGAGGAGGAGAUCCACUCACUGAAGGAGCGGCUGCACAUGUCCAACCGGAAGCUGGAAGAGUAUGAGCGGAGGCUGCUGUCCCAAGAAGAACAGACCAGCAAAAUCCUGAUGCAGUAUCAGGCCCGACUGGAGCAGAGUGAGAAGAGGCUAAGGCAGCAGCAGGUGGAGAAGGAUUCACAGAUCAAGAGCAUCAUUGGCAGGCUGAUGCUGGUGGAGGAGGAGCUGCGCCGGGACCACCCCACCAUGGCUGAACCGCUGCCUGAACCCAAGAAGAGGCUGCUCGACGCUCAGGAGAGGCAGCUUCCCCCCUUGGGUCCAACAAACCCGCGUGUGACGCUGGCCCCACCUUGGAACGGCCUGGCCCCCCCAGCCCCGCCCCCUCCACCCCGGCUGCAGAUCACGGAGAACGGCGAGUUCCGAAACACCGCAGACCACUAG